GUCAUUGAGUAUUUCAAUUAUUGCAUAGUCCGGUCUACUUGAACUUAUCUCCGUACCAGUAACUGCUCUACAUCACGUGUUCCGGUAGACGGAUCUUUUCCAACGGUUGACCGGAGAAUUCGGAACAAAAUCUUGAUCGGCCAUGACAGCGGACGUUGAGCCUCAAGACCGUGAUGUGGCGGUGGAUUAUGAUGCUGAGAAUAUGGAGAAGCAGCAAGACGUCAAGGCCAGCCCGCAUUACCAGGAUGCUUUUGGAGACGAGGAGUUUGCGGAGGUCAAGUACAAGGUGUUGAACUGGUGGCAGUGCGGUUUUCUCAUGGUGUCUGAAACCGUCUCGCUGGGAAUUCUGUCCCUGCCGGCCGUCGUGGCCGAGCUGGGUCUGGCUCCUGCAAUUCUCCUCUUGUUAUUCCUAGGUCUCAUGGCCACCUACACCGGCUAUGUGAUCGGGCAGUUCAAAUGGCGUCAUCCGCACAUCCAUAGCAUGGCGGACGCCGGAGAGGUUCUCCUGGGUGCUUUUGGUCGUGAACUGUUCGGGACGGGCCAAUUGCUUUUGAUCAUCUUCGUAUCUGCUAGUCAUAUACUGACUUUCAGCGUGGCUAUGAACACCAUCACCGAACACGGUACCUGCACGAUCGUGUUUGGGGUUGUUGGUCUCGUUCUCUCCUUUUUGCUCUGCUUGCCUCGGACAUUGUUGAAUAUCUCCUGGCUUUCUCUCGUGUCCUUUGUCAGCAUCUUGACAGCCGUCAUUAUUGCGAUGGUCGGUGUUGGUAUCGAAAGGCCAGGAAAGGGAAACAUUCAGGCUACGGUUGAUACAAGCCUUUACCAAGCAUUCUUGGCUGUCUGCAACAUUGUGUUCUCGUUCUCCGGCCAUGUUGCCUUUUUCAGUUUCAUGGCGGAAUUGAAAGAUCCAAAGGAUUACCCCAAAUCCUUGUGUCUCUUGCAAGGCAUCGAUCUCAUUCUCUACAUGGUCGCCUCUGUGGUUAUCUACUGCUAUGCCGGUCAGGAUGUGACAUCGCCCGCAUUGGGGUCAGCAAGUCCUAUUGUGCGCAAGGUUGCCUAUGGUGUCGCUUUGCCUACUAUCGUCAUCGCUGGCGUCGUCAACGGCCACGUCGCCUGCAAGUACGUCUACGUCCGCCUCUUCCGCAACAGCGAUCGCAUGCACAAGCGCGACUGGGUCGCAACCGGCUCCUGGAUCGCGAUUGGAGCUGCGGUUUGGUUACUUGCGUGGAUUAUCGCCGAGGCGAUUCCGGUUUUCAAUAACCUGCUUAGUUUGAUCGCGUCGCUUUUCGCCAGUUGGUUUACCUACGGCUUCAGUGCAAUCUUCUGGCUCCACAUGAACAAAGGCCAAUACUUUGCAAGUCCGACAAAGAUACUCCUGACUUGUGUCAAUAUCUUCAUUAUUGGAAUUGCAUGCUGCAUUUGUGGCCUUGGAUUGUAUGCAUCAGGCAAAGCAUUGCACGAUAAUCCCAGCAGUGCCAGUUUCUCAUGUGCAAAUAAUGCAUGAACAUCUUACAUUAAUUCUUAUUGAACAUUUCGACAUAUCGUGUAUAUUAUGAACUUCUCGCCAUAAUUUAGGCUUCAAAAGCGAUCAUUAAUCAAUUGAAUUAAAUCAUCAUUAUCACAG